AUGUUUUUUGGUGUUCUAUUAUUCCUAAUCAACGCUCACACGAUUUUUGCAAAGUCUGAUGGGUACGCUCCCGUGAAAGUCAAGUGUCCCGGUGGAAAACUAGGUAGAUUUGCUUCACCUGGACUCAAUGAGAAUGAAAUAGCUUACAUGCAGUCAAGAUACCCAAUCGCCAAAAAAAAUUUAGCAGACUAUCUACACUCUGCCGUGCUAGAUGACUUUGAGGUAAAUUCCUUUUUGGAUAGGGCUAGUCCUACAAUCGGUAUCGCAUUUUCGGGAGGAGGAUAUCGGGCAUUGUUAACAGGAGCAGGAGAGUAUGCUGCAUUGGAUGCAAGAACACAUAUUUUACAAGGAGCUGGUCUCGGAGGAAUAUUGCAAUCAAGUAGCUAUAUAUCUGGAUUAUCCGGUGGUGCAUGGUUAGUCGGAUCCGUGGUGAGCAACGAUUUGAUCAGCAUUGACGAGCUCAUUCACAAUAAUACAUUGUGGCAAACCACAAAUUCAAUCUUGAACUAUUUUGGUGAUAAUAUCGUUGACCAAUUACUUAUGUGGAUUGAUAUAGGGGAACAAGUAAGGGCAAAACAAGAAGCUGGAUUUAGUAUUAGUAUUACCGAUAUAUGGGGUCGAGCUUUAAGCUACCAGUUGUUGACCAAUAAAAAGGAUUAUGGAGCUGAGUACCGAUUUAGUGAUGUUAUGAAUGAGACAAAUUUUCGCAACUAUUAUGCACCGUUUCCUAUAUUGUUAGCAGUAGGUAGAGUGCCCGACACCACCAUUAUUAAUCUAAACAGUACUGUAUUUUCAUUCACUCCAUUUGAGGUGGGAAGCGAAUCACCCUAUUUGAACUCGUUUGUGGGAACAGGGUCAAUUGGAACAUUAUUAGAUAAUGGGUAUCCUCAGAACUCGACUUGUAUUAAAGGGUUUGAUAAUGCGGGAUUUUUCAUGGGAACUUCCUCCUCUUUGUUCAAUGCGAUCAUUCUAUCAAUUGAUAACACCACAUUACCAGAAUUUCUCAAAGACUUUAUCAAUGGAUACAUACUUGACCCUAUUGUCAAGUCAAACAUAGAUGUGGCAAAAUACAAUCCAAACCCAUUUUACCAGAGUCAAGGUCCACAAACCCCAAUCGAAGCAUCGAAAACUUUAUACUUGGUGGAUGGAGGUGAAGAUGGGCAAAAUAUUCCCCUUGAACCUCUCUUGAAAAGAAACGUGAGUGUUGUCUUUGCAUUCGACAAUUCUGCUGACAUCGAUGGUUUGCCAGAUGGUACAAGCAUGGUAAAAACGUAUGAACGCCAAUUUUCCAUAGCUGGAGAAAACACGCCAUUUCCUUACGUGCCGGAUCAAAAUUCGUUUCUCAAGUUAAACCUUACGUCUAGACCAACUUUCCUUGGUUGCAAUGCCAGUAACCUAACUGCAUUGACUCCGAACAUUUUUGAUGUUCCACUAAUAAUUUAUAUUGCCAAUAAACCUUAUUCAUUUGCAUCCAAUACUUCCACGUUCAAGUUGCUGUACAGCAUGUCCAAUAGAAAUUCCAUGAUCACUAAUGGUUUCGAAAUUGCGUCAAUGUUGAAUGGAACAUUAGAUGAGGAAUGGAAGGCUUGUGUGGGGUGUGCAAUAAUCAGACGUGAACAAGAGAAGAUGGGUCUUGAGCAAACUAAGCAAUGUAGUCUCUGUUUUGAGAGAUAUUGCUGGAAUGGUACAAUUCAUGAAGAGAAGCCACUGAAUUACACCUGUUCUUAG